ACCCUUGAUGUCCUAAAAUAGAAACUUAUUAACACAUGACAAUUUGAUUGACAGCUGUCUCAGAGUCGACAUUGUAAGGUGGGCUACAUGCAUGUGUUAGAUUGACUAUGUGUUGUAAGUGUGGUGAAAGUCUCUGGUUAGAAGGAAAAGUUUUGCAAAGUGGAUCAUAUAACUCUAGUCGGGAGGGAAGAUCUGUGCAGUGAUUCCCCCUUUAACUCUUGAUGGUUAGCCAUGAAGUGGACAUACAUGCCGAUUUAUCCAGGGCAGUCAGCCAAAUCUCUUUGUUUUGUUGAACUGACAAUAGAGACUGUCCUUUGGAUUUAGGAAAAUAGACUGAAAAAAGGAAAAAAGGACAUAGAUAAAACCAUACAUACAUAUAUAUUUUUUUCAUGACACCAGUGGUCAUGACAAUCAUGAUGUUUUGAGCCAAGUCUUAGUGACUGUGUUUUCAGAUAAAAUAUUGAUACAGUAUGAACAACGUUUUGGUAUUUUCCCUGUACAUUCAGUCACCUGUCCCCUCUGUCCCCUCUGCCACCUGCCCUCACAUCAUCCCCUCUUAACAUCUGGUCACUUCUUACAAGAGUCACAGCCCAGUGCUUUUUCGUUUUCUCUUUUUCAAGAUUUAUAUCUUGUUAUUUGUGAACUGUGAGUUGACUGUCAUUUCGCACCGUAGCUGAUUAAAGAAAGAUAAGUCUGCAAACACCCCGGGUGCUUCAUCUCACAUCAUAACUUUUUAUUUCUCCUCUAAGUACACGAAAUCAGACUUACUGUUCUUUAGAAAUUAGGUAAAGAAAAGAGGAAAACAUGAAGGAAGAAUUAACACAGAGAAAGAUAUUUAUAACAGAAUGAGCAACAAAAUGACGUCCCCUUAUCCGUCCUCUCCCCUUAAAAGGGACUGGGAGAAAAACAGGAGGAAGAACAGAGAGAAUGCCAAAGAUGGUUGCCACUGGCACCAGGAUUGGCAUCAGACCCUCUUUGUUUAGCUCAGGAUGCCUGUGAUUUGUUAGUUGGCAUCCGCAUUGCAGUGUGGAGUGAUGUUACAAUAUAUUGACAAUUUCCAGAUCUAGAAAUGUCAAUAGUCCUCUUGGCUAUUUGCAGAUCACAUGCUUCGUCUCUAAUGGAAGACGAGAUAGAGACGGAUGGAUAAUAAACUUUCAUUGUUGACCAACUUCCCGUUGCUUCUCUUUCUCCCUCCUUCUCUCUUGGUUCAACCCCCACGUACCCUUUCUCCUUCCCUGCAACAUCAUCUUUUCUGAAAUGUGGAAAGAGUUACUGAAGCUUUGACACAAACUAUAAUGCUACAUCUGCAUCUGAUAUAGUUUGGGGGAGGUUUUAUAUAUUUUGAAAUCAUUUUUGAUACAUAGUUUAUUAGGUUUUAACAUCACAGGGCAAUAUUUUGUUCAAAGCUCAAAGUCUUUGUUACUCAGUGUCUCCCCUUCAUAUAGCCUGGUUGACCGCAAUUCAGUCCAUUUUAUUCUUUUUUUUUUCCACAUUAGCGAAUGGUUAUAUGAAAUUUAGUUAUUUAUGAAAUUAUCUGCCUUCAUUUUACCUAAAAUUUGGUAACUGAUUUGGGAGUAGCUGUAUUUAAGUCCAUAAAAAAAAAAUCAUUCGAUGCUAUUGAUUCAGAGGGCUGCGCUUCGGCUGUUCCGUUGCUACAAGAACCGCCAUUUUGUUUGUGAAGUGCCAGGCGAGGGGGAAAAAAAAAGGCAGACACUGUGUUUGAUGCCAAUAAUGGUUGCCAGUGGCACCGAGGUUGGCAUCAGACCCUCUUUGUCUAGCUGCUGAAUGCCUUUGAUUCGUUGGUUGGCAUCCGCAUUGCAGUGGGCACACUGGAAAGUUUUUGACAAUCCCUGAAUGAAAGCUUCGUGCUCGUCUGCUGCAGCAAAGCUUGGCUAAUAAAAAACCCUUCCCCUUUUCUUCCCCCAAAGGCUAAAAAAAAAAAAAAAAGAUUUGGACAGAUUAAGGAAAAAUCUUUCUAAAAUGGGCUCCAUAUUCCCAAAGAUGUUAAAGAUGUCCAAUGAUUCUUGGCCAGGUGGUACCUAUUCCCCAUGUUGUCUUUGUUAUUGCAUUCAUCCAAACAAAGCAAAGAAAACAAAAUGAAAACCAGCAAGCCUUGUGCAGUACACCGUCCGAGGACGUACCGUCCUGUAAACUACAGGGGAGGCUAUGUCAGGUGUGUGAGGACGCACAUGCUCAGUGAGGUGAUGUAUGAGAACACCCAUUAUAACUGGCUGUUGCUUUCAUUUACAUCCCCAUUUAUUUCUUAUUCAAUUUCUAGUUCUCUCAGUUUCUCAGCCUCCUCGUUUUUUUAGUAGUCUGUUGAGAGGCCCUCACUUCCCUCUCUAGUUAGCAAUGUGUACAGUGAACACGUGAAAAGCAGAAAACCUUAAUAAGGGAAGUACAUGUUAAAAUCUGAUAUACAUCAGUCACUUCUGACCCCUUCAAUUCAAUUCUGCAACAAGAUCUUGUGAAAAUCCUUCGUACAUGAUUCCACAUACUGGGAGAAGUUUGGGGGGUGGGGGGCAGACAACAACCAUAAGGCUAGAGUAAUCUCAGUUCAAGUUUCCUAGAUAGUUAACAUUAAUAUUGCUUCCUGGUUAACCACCAUUAUCUCAUUAAUUAAUAAGAAGGAUUAGCAGUUCUACCCAAAGGGCUACGCAGAAGGAAGUGUGGCCUAUGGGAGGCCUUGAGUCGCCAGACUGUGUCCUGUCUGGAGCCAGAAGAUGCAGGGAUGCUGGUGUGUGUGUGUGUGUGUGUGUGUGUAAAGGGCUGUGGGGAGAAAAUAAGGACUAGGCUUUUUCUGAGCCAGGGAGGGUUUUUAAAGAAAAGAGAGAUCACCACACAAAGCUUAAAGACCUCUAAAGAUAGUGUCUGCUGUUAUGAAUUUAACAGAUGGGAGUUUAAAGCAAGUCAGCUUAAGUGAUCUUUGGAUCCCACUUUCCACUCUUAUUAGAUAUGUUUUUGGAGCAUGGCAGAGUUCCGCAGUGUUGCUUGCUUAUACCCUGGACAGGGAGCACCCUUUAGCCUUGUUGAACCUUUAGCAUUAAUUGUGAUGCAUGGCAUAGGCACAGUGCAGCACCUUUUUUUUUUUUUUUUUUUGCUUGAUUGUUAAACGAUAUCAUAAUUGAGGCGUAUUUUGAAGUUGUGAACCAUGUGACUUGUUCAGAAGGGAAGUUGUAAUCAUUAUUGUCUUUGAAACAGAGCCCUUCCUGCUUGUCACAUGGUAUUAGUGAGGACGCACAUGCAGAGAGUGAUUUUCUUCCUUCAGCUACCGCAGCUUAGAAUCCUUCUGGGUAACAAUUAUUUCUUUAUGAAAAGCUUAAAUAGAUAAUUGUUUGCAAGUUGACAGCGCAUUUUAACAUUUUAAUAAUUUUCACUUCAUUUGCAGGUAUUUCCCAUUGUGGGGGAAAAUAAGCUUUCAUAACGUGUUUAAAUGAGGCUGCUCUGCGUGGUGAUUUGGUGGGCUUGCAUUGUGACAUCAGAGAGCGUGAAUUUUGUGUGUAGGAGAACUACUUUGGAUGCAUUUCCCUUUGAUUUAGGGAAAUGCUGUUUUAAGUUUUCCCAUCCUGGUACCCUGUCCUAGACUGAACUCCUGAACUCUGGUAUGCAUUUGUUUUCAUUCUUCUUCAUACACGAUUCACAAGAUAAAGAAGGGUCCUUGGUGGUAUGCCUGGCCCCUAGGCUUAAUGAGACCUUUGUUAGAACGUAUAUUGUAAGAUGAGAUACUUAGCAGUUUUCCCACUGAUAAGGACAAAGCAGAGUCAAUGGAACCAGAAGUUCACCCUCUGUGCCAUGAUGUCCCUGCCCCAAGAUAGCUUUGCCAGACAACUCAAGAGUUAAACUCUGAGGCCCUGGCUGCCAGCUGGAAAGGUUGGCAUCUGUGUCCUGAUAUGGCGAGGCAAGCUUCUGCGUUGUUGUUAACAUGGUCUCACUUUUCAAAGGCAGAAGGAAGAGAGAACACAGGAGAGGCAGAGACAGGGAUAGGAGCAUCAUUUGCUACAAUUAGUGUUUUCAAAUAUUCAGAUAGACAAUGCAAGGCACUAUUUUCUGAAGGCAACAAAGGUUGGUAAGGUUGGAGGCAGAGAACAGAAUGAAUUUUGAAGUGAAAAAAAUAUCUAUAUAGAUUUUACAUGUUUGGAGUCACACACUUUGUACUCCGUGUCUCCCUUGAGUGAGAAUCAAAAUUACGUUCAUUGCAUAGGAAUGGUAGUAAUCUGGGUGGGUGGGGGCACUGAAUUCCGUAGUGACAGGGAGGGUGGUUGGGUAUUACAGGGGCCAGCACCCUGUUCAACCCAGUGACAUAUGUGAGCCUGGAGACCUCUGGUGUGCAUAAGUGCAUCCAAAUGCAGAAGUAUAGAUUUAUGAAGGAUUCAAUAGGAUUUUAAAGUGCACAUAGAUGUUUCUACCCUAAAUUUGGAAUUUGAGUACAAAUUACCAAAAGGAAAUGAAAGAUUUAAUAUCCAUUGACUUUCCUUAGUUUUAAUCUGAUACUCCAGUUUGAAUACAGUCUAAGAUACUCAACUUAGUAGGGUCUUUAUUCUCAUGAGCCUUGAUUCUGCUAACUUAACAUGAAAAAGUCUACUGUUUGUUUUGUGACAUUCUUCUUGCUGUCUCCGCUGAACAGUUAGAAUACAGCACCUGAAGAUGAAGGUGUUUAUUUCUGAGUCUGAAUCUACAGUCUACAGUCCUCGUAGCCGAGAUAACUUAGUUUUCAUUUUUGUUAUCACAAUGGCCUACAGGAUAACUAAACUUAUCUUCAAAGGAGUCAUUACUGCCAUGUUUGGAGGAGACUGAUGAGGAAUGGGAACAGCACACAAGGCUCGCACUAAAACUGAUUGCUACUAAAGAGCUGCAAAUGAUGCCACAGAACAAGGCCAGUCUCCUUUAGGAAAGUACCUUCUAGUAAAGUUUCUUUUAGUUUAUGGAAGAAUAGCAUUUUAUAGUGCAGUGGUAAUGGGAAUCGAACUCAUGACCCUAUGGGAGUUUGUCAGCCCACAUGCUGUGGCAGAGUAGCCAGUGUAACUCUCAUAGUAAGUGUUUCAGCUUUUGUCUUCCAUCCUUCCAAGGAAGAAUCCAAGGCCCCAUGGUUAUGGGAUUGGAAACUCAUGUUGGUCCAGAAACGUGUCUCACACCCAGCACCAUGACAGGAGGUACUUCUUUUCCUGCUGGGCUCACUUUUCUGUGGCAGUGUGGUACCUUGUCUCAUUGAAAAGUGACUUCUUGGGUUCUUGAACUCUAAUUAUGUGCUGUGGUUAAUUUAACAGAAUUUUAGGAUUUGGCCUAGAGAACAUCAAAUCAUCAAACUGUAGGGGAACUUGUGAGAACUGAGUGUAUACAGCAGGGAGUGAGGUUGUGGGAUUAGCUUGUAUUACCUGGAAGUUACAGGACGUGAGACUAAUAACACCUGAAUGGUGGGGCUUGUUGGCUGCUACGUUAUUCAGAAAAUUGGGAUAAAUGGCUACCAAUUAACCAUUGAGGUGGAGAGACCUUGAGGCUGAGUUGAGGGCUACACAUUAAAAAAAAUAAAAUUCUUAUAAUUUAAGCAAAACAGUCUUCUAUUAGGGGGGCAGCCAGCCAUUCAUGUGCAUCAAUACAUUGUUUAUAAUAAACCACUUAGACACACAGUCUCUCUGGUCGUGAUGAUAGUUUAAGCAGGGCACUGUUGAUGAAUCACAGACAAAUGAAAGAACUUUGAAUAAAGACUAUAUAAUUGGGAAUAUGGAGUGAUGGAUGAAGUAAUUUUAUGAGCUGAAAAGUUGCCUGGAGGUUGGGUAGUUUCAGAAUCCCAUUUUAAGGCACUUCAGAGCAUGCAUUAAGUUACUGAUACAGCACAAUCAGAAAACAGAAUUUGUUCAAACAAGUACAAAGUGAAAAAGGAGCUGCCUUUGAACAAUGUCGUAAAUGCUAAGUUCAUGCAGUUUUAAAGUUAUAGUCACCUUCAAGUAUUUCUCAAAGGAGAGAAUUGAAUAAGUUCUAAGCACUGUUUUUUAAAAAUACACAGACAUAUUUACUAUUAUAUAAAUUCAAAUAUGUAAAACUAAAAAAAGUAUUUAACAGGUACUAAUUACUUUUAAGCAAUAUAAACUCUGAUUUGGAAGGAAAGUAGUUUUUUUUUUUGAAAAGCUUGAUUUUGUAUAUUUAUAUUGGAAAAAUGCAGACAAACAUGGAAUAGUUUUAACAGUAGUCGCUUGAGAGUAGGGAAAAUAAACCUGACCAGGCAUAGAGAUGUUAACAAAGUUACUUGAAAUAGAGGGUAUUUGGUAAUUCGUAUAAGUUGCAGACUCUACUAGUGUUUGUAGGAAUGCGGGUAUGAAGGCUGUACCCAUCUAUUAGUGAAUUCUAAAGUGUGAAAAAUGUUCUUGCUUAGGACAACUUGUAUUUUAUUCUUCUGACAUCUGCAGUUUCUGGAUGGAUUAGCCUAAAUUUGCUAUGCUAUGUUAAAAGCCUUGUUUUAUGAGGUUGGUCUCAGCUUCUGGCCUUGGUGUCAGGAACCCUGCUACGGGAUGCAACUUGCCUUGUUAGGUUUAAUUGACCAAAGCUGAUGUGUUAAAACAAUUCAUUUGGGCUGUAACUUAUGCCCUGGCUAAGUUGCUACCUGAAUCCCUUGACCUUGACUUGUCUGGGUCAUGAAAUGGCUGCAAGCUGUUUGACCUUUCUAUUGUGCAGUAAUGUCACUGUUUCCUCUUAUUCUUUUAUGGUAAUAGCUGACAAACAGGCCCCAGCCCAUACUUUACACACCAGUGGAUUCAAGGCGUCCCUCUGCAGUAGCUACAUCUUCUGUUUGACAUGGUCUGGCUGCAGAAGUGACUUUCCUUUGUUUGCUGACAGUGAUGGGGACAAAUUUGCUGCUUUGCCGGCUAUGGUGGAGGUGGGGGAUUGUGUUCUGGAAUCUGGAGGGAUUUGAAUCAAUUCUUUGUGGGUUUCCAACUUGUGUGUUUUGUGUUGCCUUGCCACAGUGCCCUUCCCCCAUUCCUCUGAGCCUUACUUCUUAGUCCCUUCCGUUUAUGGCUUCCUUAAUAAUUAUUUUUCCAACACUUUUAGCUGUUACAGUAAGAGCACUUUAUUGUCAUUGUAUAGGUUCAAGCGACAUAUUUAGUUAUGCGCACGGUUACUCGGUCACUAACAUUAGAACAACUAACCGAGACUUGGCACUAUCAUUGUCCGACACUGGAAAGAUUAGAAGUGAGCACUUUAAAGUGGGUGGACUAUCUUCCACAACAUGUUAGAGUUUUAAGGGAAACCUUUUCUUACUGAGGUAAAUGGUUAAGUUUCAUGACAUAGUUAGUGACCCGUAGAAGUGAAUGUGAAGAUUUUAUUUCUGAGGGGGCUUUUGGCAGUAUAUAAGUUUAAUUGUUUACCUUAAUGAGCAUAAAAUUGUUUUUCUCAUAAAAACCCCAUGUUCAAAAUGGCAAAUUUUACCUUGGUUCCCAUUCAAGGCAGUGAAGUAAUUUUAUUUUAAAAAUAUUGGAAAUGUCUUCUAAAACGUUAAAAAAAACACAGAUAUUUUUAUCCUACUAAUCUUUUCGUUGCCAAAUAUGAUGUUAUAGUUCGUGAUUUUUCCUAUAUUUCCCAGAUUAAGUGUUUAAAAUGCAAACCGUUACAUUUUAUUUUUAAAUUAUUACAGGAAAGAAGGAAGUUUAAGUUAAGAGUGUGCAGUUUUCUCCUGUGCUGCACACUGUUUGCACCAACAGAUACGAUCCAGUGUGGUAGUGAGGCCCUGGGGAAAACACUAGCAUUGUGGGUUCUUGUUAAAAAAAUUGUUUUCUACAAAUAGUGGGUGAGAAACUUUCUUUAAAAAGAAAAUCCUUUAGUGGUUGUAUUAAACUGUCUUCUUGUAGGGAUGUUCAGACAUCAAGGAAUUUGAAUGGUUUUAAACGUUAACCCUGUUGAUAAUGCAUCUUAGUAUUCAGAGGGCCAGGACCUCACCUGAUCACUGUCCCAGAUUCCCUCUUAUAGAAGCCUGUCAGAGGGGGGAAUGAGCCCACAGGCCUUUCUGUUCAUUCACGGGCAUCCCACAGGUAAUGCACACCUGGAGUGAGUGGAUAUUGAGCUCGUGGGUCACGUGCCAGCGGAGUUGAGGUGUGAAGGAUUUAAAAAAACAUCUGUGAUGUUCUCCCAGACGUAUUCCUCAGAUCUUUAGAGAUUGCUAAAGUGACCUCAGCUGUUGAGUUGCAGAGGUUCAGUUUCUGGCCCAUGGAUAAUUAGUGGGUGCUGGGGUACCCACAUGUGCACAUGUGUGUUUGGGUUUCAAGAAGAGAAGCUAGGGGGAAAGAAAGGAAGAAAGAAAUUCCUGCUUGGCAGGAAUUGAGUGGAUGGAUGACUUAUGGAUUGAGGAGGGAGUUAUCUUCCAGUUACUCAAAAUUGUAGGUUAGUGAUUAAUCUAUAGACGAAAAUCUGUCAUUCUUUGAAUUUUGGAUUUCUUCUGCAGUUCAGAAGAUCUACUUUCUUAGGAUUUGUAAGGAAGUGUCUUCAUUAGGACUCCUAUAAUGAAGUGGCAGACAGACUGGCAUACAGACUACAAACUGCUUCAUUCUCACAGUUCUGGAGGUAGUUAGUCCAGGGUCAGUGUCCAGGGAAAGCCACUUUCCGGAUCGCCGAUCCUCUCCUCCAGUGUCUUGUCAGAAAACCCACUGGGAUAUCUCUUCAACCCACUAAUUUCAUUUGUGAGGGGUCCACCCUCCUGAAUUAACUUGAUACCAAAUGUGUUUCUUAAUGCCAUCGUCUUCAGGGUUAGGGUUUAAACAGGAGUUUUGGGGACACACAAACUGUACUGGUUUGUUUUCUGUUGCUGUGAUGAGAUCCCAUGACCAAGCCAAGGGGAGGAAAGGGUUCAUCUCACCUUCUGUUUCCAGGUAACAUUUCAGCACUGAAGGUCAUCAAUCAAGGGCAGGAACCCCUCAGGGACUAAAGCAGGAACAAACGGAGGGAUGCUACUAACUGGCUUGCUUCUCUUCUGACUUCUGCUCACUCAGCUUUCUUAUCUAGCCCAGUCCCACCUGCAUAGGGAUGGUGCUGCACAGAGUGGACUGGGCUCUCUAAUAAUCAGUUAACAGUCAAGAAAAUGCUUCACAGACAUGUGCAGACCAAUGUGAUAGAGAUUGUCUCCAGUUGAGGUUUCCUCUUCUCAGGUGACUCUGUCAAGGUGACACCAACUGCGAAGCAUGAUACAAACAUUCAGUCUCUUAAACAAAGGACAUGCCCAUGAUUAACACAGUUCUGCUCGUGCCUUUAUGAGCUUUGUGACUUUGGUCAAGUCUUUUGAUUUUUCUCUUUGAUAAAAUAGGAUUUCUAAUGACUAUUUUAGGAUUUGUGUAAUCAUGUAAGUAAAGCACUCAUUUAAUAAUAGCCAUUAUUAGUAUAUAUGAAGGAAUAUAGUGUAUAGACUACCUGAGCAUGGAGGGAAGGAAUAUGUGAAUAUUUAAACAAGUACUCAUCACUGUGUUAGUAGCCAUCUCCAGCAAAAAUAAAACAUCCUAAAGAGAGGGGAUGGGGGAAGCGAUGUUCCAGCAAUACGCCGGUGUAUGGGUCCUUGCUAGUAAGAACUUUGAAGGUAGGCAUGUACAGUUAGCUGAUCCUAUAAGGUUUUGAAAUACACUUAAAUUACUGUAUCAUUUCAGGAGUCCUCAGAUUUUCUUGAGUUUCCUUAAUGCAUCUAGGAAUAUUUUAGGGAAAGGAGUAAAAUCAUUUUAUUUGUGACUUCCGGAAUCAAAAGCUUGACACAUGUUUGAUAAAGAGUGUGCUAGUCAAAACUUGGAGUGAACUUGUUACCCUGCUGUGGAACGUGGACAUUUCCUGUGUAUCAAGAUGAAGUCACCCACACUUGGAAGAGCUUCGUUUACAUUGUAGAUUGGGUUGGACAGAAGUGUGGAUAUGACAAGGCUGAACGGCUAGUUAAAAUGAGCGAGCUGCUGGUCUUGAGACUCUCAGUCAGAAAGGUCUCGUGACCCUUAGUUGGGUCAGAGCCUCAGACAGUUUAAUUGCUUACGUGGAUUGUUUUGAUUCUAUUGCCGGCUGACUCUUCAAGUCAGCCUUCCUACUCCUCCUUUUUGUGGCUUUCUGAAAAUUAAUUAAAUGACCUCUAGAGGGAAGAAGAUAGUAUUUAUUGCUUAGAGCAAUUUCACUUUUACUAAGAGCAACUGGAAGUCAAAGGAGAAAUGGUUAAAACAUUGGCUUCUCCCCACCAUGAGGGAUCAGCGUUUGACUUCAGUGACUCUGGUUGGUUGGCUCCCUAUGGGCCUGGAGCUAAAUUGGUGUGCCAGAUUCCUGGGCAAUGGGAUGAUCCUGCUCUCUGUGGCCAGUGGACUGUUCCUCUCACUCACUUAGCAGAGCAGUUUGGAAACUGUGGAGAUUAAGAGAGAAGUAUCUUAAAUUAUAUGUUAGGCUGAUGGUAUGUGCAGAAGAAACAUAUUCCUACGUGAAGGGCUUGACCAUGGUGUUUAUCAGAGACCUAAUGGCUCUAGUCAGGGGUCAGAAGGAGAAGUUGUUCCACACUUGGCUAGUAGUUAAAGGGUAACUAGGGUGGGCACAUCAGAACAUUGAUCAGCUUGUUUAGAUUCCGGUCCAGAAGUGCUAAUGAUCUGUGCUGUGCCUUUUCUUUUUGAGAAGAGACUGGCAUUCAGUUGCUGUUCACAGGAUACAGAGAGAUCUAUAAAAGUGAGUUCCUAGAACACAGUGUAUCCUCGAGUUUUCAACACUCAAAUUGGAUUGCUGCUGAUAACAUUUGUAACAUUUGUUACUGCGUCUUCCCAAUGCUCUUGAAGAGCUUUGUGUACACUUCUAAUGGAAGUUAAUGAGAUGCUACAAUGAGAACAUCCACAUGGAUCCUAAACACUGGCUGUGUUCUGUAGCUUCUCAGAGUUGCUGCAGUGUCUCUUUUAUUCUUACCACGUCAAGCAUCAUGUUGCAGGGUAUGACCUGUAGUUAUCAUGUGCAAUUUCGGUUCCAUUUAUAGUCUCCAAAUAAGGGAAAAGCAGCUUAUAGUAAUAUGAGGAUCACUGGUCUUACAAUAAUUAAAUAGACUUGUUAUACGGCAUUAAUCCCGUUUGGAACAGUUGGAAUGACUUCUCAGUACUAACAAACACAGCAUUAGGGCUCACAGUUAAUCUGCUUUUUGUAUCCAACAUUCGUAUAAUAUAAAACAUGUGUAUGGAGGAACAUAUUUCAGAUUUAAGAUGAGUUCAUGGGAGGACAAAAUGAAAUUGUAUUAGAUUCUAGCAAUAUGAACACAGUUCCAAAUACUGAUAAAAUCUGGAAUUCAUUUAGAAUGAGAGUAGGUAGAAAAAUAUUUUUAGCAACUUGCAAGUUUUCUUCAUGGUUUACUGAAUACCGUGUUUGUAUUCUUAGAAUUGGAUUUUUUUUUCUGAGAUCCAUGUGUGGUAGAUGUAUGAGACAUACAUGUAAUGUGAACAGAAACCUUUAUGCAGCUAUUAAUGCCUUGUAAGUUGUGGUUAUGGUAUCUGUCAAUGGUACAACCUCUGGUCAGUCCUUGAGAGCCUGAAGCAGACUCAGUUUUAAAGUCUGGUCCGAUCUGCUCCUGUAGUUCAAGGGAAUGGUGCUAGUGACAGAUUUAUCUUUCAUUCACUGUUCAAAGAACAUCAUUACGGUUUUGUUGAAAGGGCUCCUGAGUUAGGAUUACGUUUAUGUCUUUUGUGGUACAAGCCCCAUGAGGCAGGGCUUUCUCCUCAGUGUAGACUUCCUUACUGUCCUCUAGUGUUUCACACUUGGGAUGUGAAUUCAUCUUUGGUGCUCCAGUUCCAGGAAAUGAAUCUCAGGAAGGAUGAAGUAUUGGUCCAUCAUAGGACAGAUUGCAUCGCCUGUGCAGAGGAGUGUGGAAAGCCUGUGAUUACUGAGUGGGGUACAACCAUUUUCUGUCACGUGCCUGGGACCAGCUACCACAUUGUCAGGGAAAAGCACGAUGUAGCAACAGUAUUAGAUCAUGCAAAUGAGACUACUGAAUAGUAAUAGUUAUGGGCAAUAUUUUGGAAAACACGGAUUAGUGACAGUUCUAUUACAGCAAAUGUAUGUAUCAAGUCCCCAGAUUUCAUCGUAACGCACUGAAAACAGAUGUCAAAGUGUCCCAAACAGAAUUUCAUGGUUAAUCUACAUAUUGCAUGGAAAGUGCAAACAAACCAUUUAGAAUUCUGUUAUUUAAUCCUUUUAGAAGGAACGAAAAUAGACAAUUUAGGUUUUCUUCCUUCUUUCUUUUAAUUUCAGUUUUUGUUUUCUAGGGACCGAGGAUAAAUUAUUUUCCUGUUUGUUAUUUUUUUUAAGAUGCAUAUGGGAGGAGAUAUGUUUGCAUAUGGAUGUGAUUUUACAUAGUGUACUUUAAACUGCAACUUUCUGAGCAUAAGGCCUUUGUACUAUAGCAAGGAAAAAUUAGGUGCUAAAUUAUUUAGUGACCUGGCAGUGCAAUUACUUUCUUGUAUUUCUUUGUUUACUGGCAGAUUUCAUUCUGGGCCACACAACGAUGCAGCUGAAAUGAAAGAGAAAGCAGUUAGUGACUACUUCUGUCAUGUCUCUGGGGGACUUUGUCUCUUGGGGACUCAGUUUCUAGAGGACUUCUCUAAGACCUCUUAGCUCUGGCAUCUUCGGAAUUUGGCCUCUGGUUAGUUUGGCCAAGGGGCAGGGCAGUCUCCACCAUGAUAACCAGCUCUUAAAGAGUUGAUACCCUUGCUAAAUUGGAGUUUUAAUAUGUUUUAUUUAUUAUUGAGUAUUAUGUAACAUUUCUAUGUGGUUAGUUCAAAGUCCAAUAAGCAGAUGGUUUAGGUCAGUCUAUACUUAAAAAUAAAAAAAGGUUACUCUUAAAGUAGCCUUUAUUUGGUAGGAUAUUUUAGUGCAGAGGGGCGGGGUGUGUGUGGGGAGGUCUCAAGAGAUUACAGUUCGGAAUAUUGUGCCUAAGAGACCCAAGCCUCUUUGGUUGUUUAUGUUAGUCUGACUGCUACAGAGGCAGAAUAAGCAUAGCUAAUAAGAAGUAUGAGUUUAUGAAAACACCAGCCACACUUUUUAAAAGAAACACAGACAAAAGUCGCAACACAUCGCCUGUUCUCAUUUUCACUUUCGUGAAAUAAAUUGACUCAAGGGUCUUCUGUUUUCUCUCCACUGUCUCUUCGUAGGAAGUGCUGUAAGGAAGUCAGGCCACAGCCAUGUUUUUCAGGGGAAGCUGCCUUUCCAUUCUCAGUGGUUGGCAAACACUCCCUUAAAGUUACAGGCUAAUAUCACGGAUAUGCUAACAGUCGGGAAACAGAAAAGAAUCUACUAAUAAUGCAUCGUUACGGUUAAGCUUCCAGCAAGAUAUGGCUUGAUGUAUUUGGAUAAGUGUUUGAAAUUGGUUUAAGAAAAAAAAUAAGUUGAGAGUUUCAUAUUUUAAGAAAAAAUAGGAGCUGUCUUGAGGAGUUGGUGUGCAGGUUGCUUCUGGAUCCCGGCGACUUUCAGACUAGUUUGAUAGUCACUCUCUCCGUUCCCUCUGGGCCAUGCACAUCUUUUAUCUCAGUUAUAAUUUUUUUUUUAAAGUUUAAAACAAACAUCAUAUAACUGCUCUUAUUUAAGAAAUGCUUCUAAGGCUUCUGUCUCAGUUCACUCUUUAGAAAACGAAACACUAGGUUCAAUGUCAAAGGACCCUUCAAUGGAUAUUUUAAGGUAAGAGUCUUUUUUAGUAUGGGAAAGAUGGCUCUGGAGUUCACGUUUCACAUGUUAUCUUGUCCCCUGGAGUAUGGCGAACACUGGACUGAAGAGGAGGCAGGCAUGGUUAAAAAAAAAAAAUACAUGUUAAAUACACAUUGUUCCAAAAAGCUCAUUUCUAGCUUGAUGGUCAUGAAACAAGUUUUAAGGUAUGUUUCUCAGGCACAGUUGUAGAUAGAUAAAUGCAUGAAUAAAGUUGGAUAAGAGUGAAAGGCAAAGCCAUGGCCAUGAUGUGGGAGCGUCCCAGGAAGCAGCAGCAUUUAUUUAACGAGCAAAUGCAUGUACAUUUAGACUGUGUAUAGAAUAACAGGAGAAUUAGAUGUGGUUACUGAGGUGGUGCAAGGGAGAACCUUCAAAUUGGGUAAAUUGUAUACCGGGAUUUGCUGCCUUUAUUUUCUUCUAUCUAUUGAUUGGUCAGUGUUUCAAACUGUCAUUCUACGUAUACAUACUAUAAGUUUUCAGAAUGAGCAAAAUGAAACCAUAUGGUGUGCCCAUGCCAGUCACUGAGCGUGUUCUUGAUCACGCUAUGGGUCUGAAUGGUUUCUAUUGUUCACCAUGUGGUUGGGUCCAUUAGUUUUAUUCGCUAAGCUUUGGUUUCCUGAGCUCUGGAGUGGUAUUGCUGGUCUACUCGGCAGUUCUGAGAUCAAAUCAGAAAAUGCCUGUAAAGUGCUUAGCACCACGCCUCUCACACUGCAGGUACUUGAUAAGGCAUUUACCAUCAGCUGGGUGUAGUGCAAACCCAGCUCUCAGGAGGCUGAGACAGGUGGCUGUCUGUGAGUUCCAGCCAGCCAGGGCUACAGAGUGAAACUAUCUUAAAAAACAAACAAGCCAACAGACAGACAACUCAUCCCAAAUCUAAAAAUCAUUAUGAGUAUACUCUGAUACUAACCAGCUCACACAAUGUGGACAUAUAGUCCAUCUUCAAUAUUUAUUCUGUAGGAGAGUGCUCCCGACCUUUCUCUGAGGAGCCUAGAAGAUGAAGUAUCCCCUUUGUGGGGGGUAGAAUAUGAAUUUGAGGACAGUUAAUAAAGUGAGAAGAAAAAAAAACUCUGAAGUUCGCAGUUUAUUAUGGCGAGAAUUUUGGCAGAUAGUAUGGUUGCUGUGUGAUUUCUGAAGACUUCAUCCCUCCUGUGCAUGGCAGAGAACUACAGAAGGUUACUGUCCUCAUGCCAGCAUCUGUAGGUAACUUACAAGCACAGCCUUCCCUAGGACCAUAAAGACAUGCUGGAUACCAGUAACAUUUCUUAUUAGAAUCCAAUAUACAUUGCUAUUAUUCAUUAUUCCUAAGUCCCUUUAAUUUAGGUUAUAAGAAAAUUGCUGACAUAAAAGGAAUUGGAAACAACAGUGAACAUAGCCAUUGUUACCUAAUAGCAAGUACUUGGGACAGUGGUAUUCAUUUACAUCGGAAACAAGAAUUUAUAUGUUCAUGCACUUUACUAAUGAUAUGCACAUAUAUGGUGCUUACAUAUCUAUUUACAAUACAUAUAUGCAUUUCCUUUUUAUCCUAAUAGUUUUAAUCCUAGUUCCCCAAAUCAGCUGAGAAGAAAUAUUUCAAUAUUGUAUAUAAGGUUAUUCUCUGGAGAAGAAUUUGACUGUUUUGUCUUUUUAAAUGUUAAGAUUAUUUGAUUGAUUAUAUAAUUUUAAGUGCCUGAAAUAUUGUGGUGCUAGAAUCUUUGCCUCAAUAUUCACUUCAUGGAAAUCUUGCCUUGUUACUCAUUUAAUGGUUGGUAGCUUUUCUAAAGUAUGUAUUAUGUGUGUGUAUACAUUCUGCUAUUAAAUAUGAUUUUUUUUUACAUACAGAGCUAAUGAGGUAAGCAUUUAUGAAACUAUUAGGGUCUAUCUAUCUAUCUCAAUCAUCUGGUGUAAAAAUACAAAGUGGUUGAGAGCGCACUCACAGGAGAGUAAUACUGUACCUGUUGUAGUUUUAGUAUUUUAAGGAGGAUUAUGACUUUGCUCGAGUAAUUUGCAAGUAGAAGAGAAAAGAUCAUGGUCACUUGUACUGUCGAUGAGCGGCAGAAAGCUUCUGGCGGGGGAACAGGCAUAACUACCUAACUGUCUCAGCCUCCCCUAAAUAUAGCUAGCGGUGCUGAGCUUGCUGGGAGGAGACCCUGUGGGACUGUAAUGGAAAGGUCAUAGAGGAGAUUCUGGACAAUCAGGAAGUCCAAGCCACAGUGAUCCUGCCAAGAAUCCUCCAGGGUACCUCGAGGACAGCUUUGUAAAAUCCGGAGUCUUCAAUGUAUCAGAGCUUGUGAGAGUAUCCAGAACACCCAUAACCCAGGGAACUGGAGUCAACUUCCCAAUCGGAGAAAUUCCCAGCCAACCAUACUAUCAUGACAUGAACUCUGGUGUGAACCUGCAGAGGUCGCUGUCUUCUCCACCGAGCAGCAAAAGACCCAAAACUAUAUCUAUAGAUGAAAAUAUGGAGCCAAGUCCUACAGGAGACUUUUACCCCUCUCCAAAUUCACCAGCUGCUGGAAGUCGAACAUGGCAUGAACGAGAUCAAGAUAUGUCUUCUCCAACUACAAUGAAGAAGCCUGAGAAGCCACUGUUUAGCUCUACAUCUCCACAGGAUUCUUCCCCAAGAUUGAGCACUUUCCCCCAGCACCAUCAUCCCGGAAUACCUGGAGUCGCGCACAGUGUCAUCUCAACUCGAACUCCACCUCCGCCCUCACCGUUGCCAUUUCCGACGCAAGCUAUCCUUCCUCCGGCACCUUCCAGCUACUUCUCUCAUCCAACAAUCAGAUAUCCUCCUCACCUGAAUCCUCAGGAUACUCUGAAGAACUACGUACCUUCUUAUGACCCAUCCAGUCCUCAAACAAGCCAGCCUAACAGCAGUGGUCAAGUAGUAGGGAAAGUGCCUGGCCAUUUCACACCUGUCUUGGCACCCUCUCCCCAUCCCAGUGCAGUGCGACCUGUGACCCUGACCAUGACAGAUACUAAACCCAUCACUACAUCCACUGAAGCCUACACAGCCUCAGGCACAUCUCAAGCCAAUCGAUAUGUGGGACUAAGCCCAAGAGACCCAUCCUUCCUGCAUCAGCAACAGCUGAGGAUUUGUGACUGGACCAUGAAUCAAAACGGCAGGCAUUUAUACCCCAGUACCAGUGAGGAUACAUUGGGAAUUACUUGGCAAAGUCCUGGUACCUGGGCUAGCUUGGUUCCUUUUCAAGUGUCAAAUAGGACACCCAUCUUACCGGCAAAUGUCCAAAAUUAUGGUUUGAACAUAAUUGGAGAGCCUUUCCUUCAAGCGGAGACAAGCAACUGAGGGGAAAGAACCACAACCAUAGUAUAAGAAAAUUAGGGGAAAAACACCCAACAAAGGAAAAGAGGAAGACUGGACAACAGGGAGAAAGGAGAGAAACUGAAGAAAGAAGACGAUAGACCAGCAUUGCAGCACUUACAGUCACUAAUUCCCUUAAGGUUGAGACUAUAGUGACAGGAAAGGGUCAAUGACAUCUCACUGAUGCUAGACUGCAGCCCCUGCACCGUAGCCUUUGUUACAUGAAGUCCGCUGGGAAAUAGAUGUUCUGUCUCUAUGACAAUAUAUUUUAACUGACUUUCUAGAUGCCUUAAUAUUUGCAUGAUAAGCUAGUUUUCUUGGUUAGUAUUCUUGUUGUUUACGCAUGGAGUCACUAUUCCUGGUUAUCUCAACAACGAAGGCUAGGAGGCGGCAUCAGAGGUGCUGGGGACAGAGCCAUGAGCCAGCCAUUUUAUAAGCACUCUGAUUUCUAAAAGUUAAAAUUAUAUAUAUAUAUAUACAUAUAUAUAUAUAUAAAGAAUCUCUGUAGCCUUUAGUUAUCCGUACAGAUUUAUUAAAUUUUGGCCCUUAACCCAGCCUUUUCCAGUGUGUAACCCAGUUUGAAAUCUUAAAAAGGAAAAAAAAAAAAAAGAGAAAAAAGAAAAAUAGGGAAAAAAAAAAACGGUUUGAACUCAAAGGCUCUAUGGAAGAAAUGCCUCUAUGUGGGUAAAGGGUUACCUCUGCAUGCAACAGUAAAAAGUAAUAUAAUAUUUUCCCCACAAAAGAAACACUUAACAGAGGCAAGUGCAAUUUAUAAAUUUAUAUCUAAAGGGGAAUCAUGAUUAUAAGUCCUUCAGCCCUUGGACUCUAAAUUGAGGGGAUUAAAAAGAAUUUAAAAUAAUUUUGAGCGAAUUUAUUUUCCCCUCAGUUUUUGAGGGCAUUUAAAAAGGCAUUAAAUCAAGACAAAUCAUGUGCUUGAACAGAAAAAAAAUAAAAAAUAAAAAAAAAUAUUGAAAACACAGCACUUAGGUUGGCUUAGCUGCAGCCUCCUCAGAGGUCAGAUUAUUUAUUUAAAAUUACUGGUUGCAUCAAGAACCCAUAGGGUGUACAAACGGUUCUAUACAAUCUGCAUCGUAGAGACAAAGAGGCAGGGAAAUCCAUGUCACAAGGGUAAAGCUCCCCGUGUACAGGCUGGGAAUGCCAGGUAGGCUAGGAAAACCCGCUCGCUCUUCAGAGAAGUGCCAUCAGGGUGCUGGGAACAUGCAUGGUGCUUUCGGACAUUAGCCUUGUUCAACACAUUUCUCGUAUUGACAGAUCUAUAGUGUGCAUGGGCAGACACAUGCUGCCUCUAUGUCUCUUAAAAUUUUAAUUAAAAGUACUCUUUCCAGUAAUCCUAAUUUGCACGAAGAUAUAAUGUCCACAUUACGUGCCUUGCCUUGAAAUCUAAAAAAAAAAAAAAAAAAAAAAAAAAAAAAAAAAAAACCACAAAAGUGACAUCACUACACUUGUUUUGCUGCAUUUAUUAUCGUUUUAAAUCUUUACCAUUUUUAUGACAAAAUAUUUUGUACUCCAGACGAAGAAAAAUGUGUGACAUCAUGGAUUUUUUAGACAGUUACACCUUUAUCUCACAUUUAUAAAGCAUAUCAUGGCUGUGUAUAGUUGCCGCUUAAAAAUUGUAAUCGACCAGCAAUAUUUUCAGUAUUUUGGUGUUUUUUCUAUUAACCUUUCAUGUUUUUCAUCUUCCAAUUAAUAUUUGGGGGGGAGGGGUUUCAAAUUUAUACGAAUUAUGCAAUACCAAGUUUUGCCUAUGUAGGUAGUGCUUUUAGCUGUAUUGGUUAUUAUAGGUAAGUACACAGAUUUAAAAAAGAAAUAAUGUAUGCUUUUUUUGUUUGUUUGUUUAUUUGUUUGUUUGUUUUAAUUGACCAAAGUGGGUACUGCUAUUUUUGCAGUGUGAUGAGGUCCUUUUGUGUACUGAGAGAUGGACAGGGGAUUUUUUUUAAUAUACAUAUAUAAAUAUAUAUAUAUAUUCAGGGGUGGGUGGGAGGAUUUUUAACCCUUUACAGUGUAGCAGUGAAACACUGCACCCUGAGAUGGGCCUGGGCUGCAAAGCGACUGUUCUGCCUACUGUGACAAACUUCAACUUAAACAGGUUCCCCCCCACCGACCCCCAUACUUUCCCACCUGGGGUGCAAGCUGAACUCCUUUCUGGUUUCCAAGCUAAGAAACCAGGAAGAAAAAGCAAGCACAGUGAAAGCCUCCUAGAGGCCGACUUAGAGGAACUGCCCUGUCUUAUUUUAGUUGUUAUUGAUAGUUUUUUGUUUUUUUUUUUCCCUGAAAGUUCCUGAAACCACAGUGGAAAGUGAGCCUGUCUCAUAUUUGGCAAAGACAUUUCUUGAAGUGCCCACAUAGCAGAUGUUGGCUGUUUCACACUUUUGAGUUUAACACAGGAAUAAGCUUUCUUCUACCAAACACAUUCCCCCAUCUGGAGGGAGAGCUCCCCUAGUCCCUCCCCGCCCUCUGUCAUUUUGUUAAUGACAGGAUAGGCUGUUCCUGUGACUUACUACUUCAAAAUGGAUGGCGUUGCACUUAGGAUCUUCUUUGACAUCCAGAAGGUUGACGAGAGAGAGGGUUGCUCUUCUUGAAUGUAUUUGGACUGAUAGAUUAAAAUCAAAGUUCAGUUUUUAAGGAACAAAAAUAAGUCAAUCCUCUUAUUUUACCUGCCCUUGUAAACUGGAAAGUGGAGCAGAGGGAAAUAUAGAAUUUUAAGCAACCAAUUUUCCUGUGGAUGAAUUAAGUGUGUUUGAUAAUGAUGGGGGGGGGGUCAUUUGAACGGGUGGUACUUCAAGUAUAUAUUUGAGUUAAUUUCCCCUGAGGACUACAGGUGAAUAGAGACCAAUUUUAUUUUGUCUUUUCCCCAUCCCCCACCUGGUCCUAUUGAGUGUAUCCAUUACUCCAAGGAGAUCUUUAGGAAUUAGUGACAUAAGCAGUCGUCUGUCAAGAAGCUGUCUUGACCCCACCCCCAGCCCCACCCCAGGCCCUGCCCUAGUAAAUAAACUGUCAAGUGUAUGCAUAGCAGAUCAUUUAAUAGAGAGUACUUGAGAUGAUGCUCAGAGGCCCAGGAAUUAAAUCUGACUAGUCCACUCAUGACCACAUGCUGGUUAGCACAGUGGGAUUCUAGGAUGCAGGUUCUAAGAAAGGCCAGCCCAGUCUGUGAUACUUGCUUUACAGAUAACACAUCCUCUCAGCCAAGCUCAUAGUGUCUUUCUGACCUAUUUGCUGAAGAGUGCAACCCUACAGGACACAGUAUUCUUUCCAGGCAGUCCCCUCUCCUUGUCACCCGUGAAUGAACAAUUGUUGCUAAAGUACAUGGCACACUGUAGGCAUCCCUGCCUGCCUCUUGGGUACAGAGGCCUAGGGCAACUGUUCCUUUUUUUUUUUUUUUUUUUUUUUAAACCUAGUUCAAUGUUUCUUCUUUUCUUUGAGAUAAACUUAUUAAAAAAGCACUACUAUAGAAAAUCUCAAAUCCACGUUUAGCCUUCUAUUUUUUUUUUAAAACCAGGAAGUAUAUUCUGACGAAGGGCCCCACUUUUGCAGGUCUUGCACGCCCUUUCCUUACCCAGACUGCAGAGCUUCAGGAUGGUGAAGGUCACCCAAGGGCAUCUGUUAGGGGGUGGUGUCUCCCACCACCAGCUCAUGGCACUGUCCAGCCUUUGUUGUAUUGCUUUGCAGCCCACCACUCACAGUGCCUCUAAAGUGUGUGUUUCCCGAAGUGACGUGAGCAGUCGAGACUUGCCUAAGGGGGGAAAAAAACCUGAGAGGCAGUGAAGGAGACUGUACAUAAAGACAUGGCAAAACCUUAAGUAUAGCAAUAUAGUUAUCGGGUAAUAUUCGGGUGGGCAGCUCCAUUAUAAAGUAUGUGAAUGAAUCUGUGAAGCUGCGAGGAGAGAGAAGAGCGUGGUCUUCUUAAUGAACCGCCUACCUUGUAGACAGUAAUUUGUACACUGUAUAGUUUUGUUAAGAAUUUUUUUUUAAAUUAAAAUUCCCAUGUUUGUAAAGCUAACUUUUUAACAAUUAUAAUGGAACUAUAUGUUGUUUCCAUUUUUAAAGUAAACAAGAAUAUUCCUUGUUUAGAGACUGGACUCGAGUUAAAACUCUCCAGGCUCUUAAGUUAUGUAUUAAAAAAAAAAAAUCUGUCCAUGUUAGGAGAUAUUUCACAGAUUCUUGUGCUUGAAAAGCAUAGGACGCUAAUCCUUUAAAAAAAGUGUAAAUGGAGAAAAGUUAUAUUUUAUGAAGGUUAUUUUGUUGUAUUUAGUAUUGGAAAAGUUGGUUUUCAGAGCAUUUCAGAAUGUUGGAAGCACCGCUGUCCUUUUGUUAGUAUAUAAGGCCUUUUAGCAAAGGUUUUCUCCUUUUUUUUUUUUUUUAUUUUUGUGAUUAUUCCAUGAUGGUAUUUAAGGUUAAGUUUCACAGAGCAUUCAGGAUAGGCAGAAAAUAAAAUAGUGCGAUGUCUCACAUAACGUGUCCUCAGGGAGCAGAAUCCGGAUUUGUGACUUGUAGCUUCAAAAGGACUCAACGGCAGAGACUGCACGGGAACAUCUUGAGCAGCGAAGCAGGGCAUGUUCUCUACCUAGACGCAGAUUCUAUGUACCGUGUGAAACGAUGAAGGCUGCAGAAAGUUACCCCAUAUCAGUGAACAGUAUUCCUUCUCCAUGAAACAACGCUACAAUCUUGCUGGCAGAUAGGCCCCAACCAAGCAUGGCAUUCAAUAUCGCUUACAUGUUCCUGUCAAGGUCUUUUGUUCACAUUAACCAGCUGCAUGCUUCCUGGACUUUAAAAAUUGGGGUUUCUAUAUUUUAAAAAAACAUAUGUGCAGGCUAUUCAAGUUCAAUAGUAAAAAUGCAAAAUUGAAUGUUCUACUCCAUGCUGAAGGAGCUGAAAACUGCCUUCUUCAUAUUUUGCACUUUCUAGUAGUUGCCCUGUCUUUUCUAAUUCCUGAAAAUUGUGGGGGUGGAGUGGAUCCCUGCACUGGGGGGAAUAACAUGGACCACCGAUUUUGCCCUUUGACCCUGCACAAUGACCUUUGCAUCAGCCAAACUCAUUGCCAUGACAACUCUUUGUACUGUGUCGUGCCACAGAUCUGUUGGUCACAUUGUUAAUAGUAAAGGGGACAAGUUGGAGACGGUCAAUUUUUACAUUUUUUUUGUUGCAAUUUUUCUUCAAUGGUUGUAAGUAGUUUUUUUUUUUUAAAUGAUAAAAGGGUUCAGUAGUUACUACUCUUUAGAAAUAUCUGUGUGUUGCAAUUCAAAUGUAUGUUGAGAUUGUGAAAGCGCUUCAGUGGCACUAGCCUACGGGACCCUAGAUUAAGCCUUUGAUAACUUUUAUUGCAUGAUACAGUACCAGUAACAAAAGGUGGCCUAAACAUGAAAAGCAGUGUAUGCUAGUGUCACUCAAGCCAGUCUUGUAUUACUGUAUUUUUGACAGAAUGGUUUUGAAAACUGCGCUACAGGGACUGAUGUGGCAAAUAUAUCUCUUUAUGCAGAAGGAAGUCUUUUUUUUUUUUUAAAGAAAAAAAAGAAGUAUGGCUUAUUAUGCAUUCUUCAUCGAGGGCAUUGAAGUUGCAUGGACUGAUAAAAGUUGAUGCAAAAUGAGAAAGAAACAAAAAGACAAAAACAAACAAACAAAAAAAACAAAAAACAAAAAAACCAGCAAAAUGUUUACCAAAAAACUCAAACAAAUGAGCAGUGCCUGUCCAAUUUCACAGUCUCUGUUGAGUUCAGUUGUAAAUAUGUUUCAAAUGACAUUUUCUUGGGAAAAAAAAAUCUCUACAACGUUGUGGAAUGUGAGGGGCAACUGUCUCCCAGGCAUAGGCGUCUCAAAGCUGCGUCAGCUGGCGUCGUCAUCAGGCGGUUCAUUUGUGCUUCUAUCACUGAGAACUUUGAGCACCCUGGGACAAGGUACCCCCACCUCAAUGAUAUUUCUCUGAGAACAACUUUUGUAGGACUGUGUGUUUCUUUAGAUACAUUUAGUACAACUGUAGGUGACGAGUAGUCAGUCAUUGCUUGCUAGCCACACACCAGGGUUGAUCCAUUUUAAAACUUUUGGCAUUUUUGUCCUCAUGGGCCAUAAAUACAGAACCUUGUGUUUUAAUUAGAUUUUUGGAAAAAAAUAAAAAAUAAAAGGAGGCACAUGCAUAAUCUCCAUGUAACAAGCCUCUAGCAGUGGGAUGUAUUACACGACAGUUACUUAAUUUCUGGAGUUCGGGCCUCUGGGAUAGGCCCCAGACUGGGCCGGAAUGUUAGUGAAGGUUUUAUUGUGCCCGGUUGGAGGAUAAUGUUCUUUGUGUACUUUUUGUGGGUCGCAAAUGAACUCGAUUGCCACAAGUUUUAAACUGGUGUAAAUCAAGCUUGACUUAAUGUGAUUGUUACUGUUAUAUCCAGCCUAUACUGCUAGCAGCUGCUCAUACUGCAGUCAAUUACUGGAAGCGGAUAUAUUUCCUAUGCAAAAACUGUUUAAAACAAUAAAAUGAGCUAUGCUACAGA